UCUAAUAUAUUAAAGAAGGAGGGGUUUUAAGAUGGCGGAAGGUUCCAACUUUUCAAUGGAGGAUUUAGUUACUAGAAGAGCAUCAGUGUCUAAAGGAAGGCCUAAUAAAAUCCUGUCACUAGAGGAAUUAUUGAAAAACAGGACAGAAAAAUGGGACAUAUAUUCAGCCACACAGAACCUCCCCUCUGUACUGAAUGACCCAAACAACAGAGAACUAGACCUAUUCACCAAGACCUGGGGUGAAGGAUUCCUCCCUUAUGCGACUGUCCCUCCUACCUCUCUCCCAAAUAUUGAACUAGGCGAUUUCCUUUGUUAUCUCAGAGAGACUUCCUCAGGUAGGAAGUCUCACAGAUCCAUUGUCCGUGAGGAUAAUAAAACUAAUUCGAAUCCGUCUACACCAGUAUCACCAUCUCCUAGAAGACAAUUGCAAUUAGAUGGAAAGACUUAUGAUUUGAACAACAUUCCAAAAGUGUUCUUGCAGAAAGAUUUUACUCUGACUGAUCCAAGGACGUUCCUACAAGUGAUACCACUUCACCAUCUUUUGCCUCAGUCUCUCACUCCAGGAGGAGGAGGAUCUGUAUUGAAACAUGAAGAAGGACAAAACAUGGCGGCACUUCAGUCAACCAAACUGCUGCAUGAGAAAUUGACACAUCAUGUUGAUGUUAUUGAAGUACAUUUAGCUCACCAGAUAUCAUUAAAAUCUGACGUGUUCUUCAGCACACUGGCCUCACAGAGAGAGCUAGAGUCACUGGUUGUACAAAUUAAACAAGACGUCCUCGAAUUAAGACAUCGCAUAAGGCUAAUGGAUAAAGCAAUGACACAUCCGCUGCUCAGAUUAUAUCAUACCAAGAGACAGAAAGUGCGGCUGAAUCAGGUUUGUCUCCAGCUGGAGCAGAUAGCCAACAUACACCAGACACAGCACACCAUUCAGCUCUUGUUGGGCACGUCUGAUUUUGUUGGUGCAUUGGAAUUGAUCACAAGGACACAAUCGAUACUCUCAACUGAUCUUAGAGGAGUGACCUGUCUUAGACAUUUGAGCUCUCAACUGGAUGAGCUAGAGAAAGCCAUUGAAGCCAUGAUGGAGAAUGAUCUUGUACACGUAGCAAUGGCCGACAUGAACGCUAGAAUAGAUCACUGUAACAAGAUUGGGCUGAAUGAAGAGGGAGAGAGAAUAUCGAGUCCUGAAUGCAUCGAUACAGAGAUACAGUUAGAGUCCGUGGUCAAAGGGUUGCUACGGCGACGAAAGAAGCACUUUCUCUCGUGUCUGAGGGAACACGUUUUGAUAGAAUCAAAAAAGACAGUAAAACAGACUGUCGAGGAGUAUUUAAAACUAUUUAACGAAGGUGUCUCGCUGAUAGGAGAGAGAGAGGAGCCUUCUUUAUCCCUUGCUGAGCAAAUAAGAAACAUUAAUUUUGAGAGCUGGUACAAGCUACUGGAUAAACUGUUUGAAUUCCUCGUAACAUACAUGAGAUGUGUCCAGACUACAUUGUCAAAGAUAUCAUUAGUGUGUCAAGAAGAAGCUGGAGUAUUGACUCCAACUCCUUUAGCCACGCCCACUAGACCUCUCUUUGCCAAUGCGCUAUCGCACCCUCCACUGGGUCCUAAAAUAUCGGGCGGAUUGACGGAAGACGAAGAUGAAGAGGGAGAGAGAUUGAAAGUGAAAGUAGAAGAGGAAGAAGAGGUAUUUGUUGAUAAUGAAGCUGGUGAUAGACUGGAUCAGUUACUGAUGGAGGAAGAGAUGAGUGAUGCUCACAUUACUGAGCUAGCAUUGACUGCUGGUAGGGAGGAGAGCAAUGGGGAGCCAAUAGAGAAAGUUGAGAAACUAAAAGAAAAACAUUCGGAAAGUGAUUUAUAUGCAUCAGGGCUAUCAAGCCAGGAGUGCCAAUCACUCAUAAAUGAGUCUCAUGAGAUUGUGUGUGCUCUGUGUGACAUGCUCCACUCAAGAUGCACUAAACUAUUAAAUAUACGUGCUAAGGCUGGUCUUCUUGAUAAUCUUCAUCCAUCUGAUUUCGUUAGAUUAGUCCGUUUGAUUGGUCGUUUUAUUAACAGUUCGUCGGGUGUCACUGGUCGGUCUUGCCCCCACUUGAGACUAAUCCUCAUAUCGCAGGCUAAAGGAUUCCUUGAAGUUUUUCAUGAUAACAAAAAGGAGAAGCUUCGGAGACUAUUGGAUGGCGAGAGGUGGAGACAAGCUGAUGUUCCGCCUGAAGUUCAGAGGCUAACUAAUUCAUUAGAAGAAGGUCUCUCAUUUAGUAAUGAUUUAAUUGAUAAUAAUAAUAUCCUAGCUACUAGCAAACAAUUACUUACUAAGCAAUCAAGCCAGCAUACAGAGCAAGUAUUGACGGUCCAUGGACAAAAGUUUGCAGUAGUUGGUGUAUUGUGUAUAUUGAUAACAAUGGUCACUGAUUAUUGUCAAACUGCUGAUGAUCUGCCAAUGCUUGUGACAGACACGCUCGGUAAACUAGUAGAACUUUUAAAGUAUUUUAAUUCACGGACUUGUCAUUUAGUGCUUGGAGCUGGGGCAGUUGAAGUUGUUGGACUUAAGACAAUCACUACAAGACAUUUAGCCAUAGUGCUACGAUGUCUUCAAGCAAUCAUGCUAAUAAUUCAAGACAUGAAGACUUUCUUUAGGAAAAGAUUGACACCGAAAAAGUGUGUCCUACUUCUUCAGUUUGACCAAGUCAACGAAGACAUUGGUAGUCACUGUAGGGAAAUUAAUCAUAAAAUUGUCGGAAUUAUGAACGACCACAUAGGCAAGAUGAUAGAAAAAUGGGAGAUCAAGUCUCCAAUACCUUCAAUCCCUUUCAAGACAAUAAGCAAGCAACUUCUUAAACUCCACGAAGCAUUAGAUGAUCUACUACCCACCAAUCAUCUUCAAGCAUUGUUUCAGAGCAUAGAGGUACACUUUAAGUCUCACCUCAAGAAUCAUUUAACAAAGCAAGGGAUCUCUAAUAAUGGAAGCACUGAACACGGGAUAGUAAAUGCAGAGCUAACAAACAUGAAAGGUGUUCUUCAGCCACUAGAACACGUCAAUGCGUUUGGUAGCAGCUUAUUUGAUAUAUGGACGGACAGCAACAGAUGAUGAAAUUAUUGUUUUAUAAUAUUAUUAUUAUUAUCGUUUUAUUUAUAAUUUAUUAUAAGUUUGAUUAAAGGGGUCAACCCCUUUUAUAUAAUACAAAUCGUUUUAAAAAGGUAAAAAAA